AUGCGAGAGCAGGAUCCCAGGCGCGGCAUCCGAUCAUCAAAGUUUUGUCCAUCAAAACUUGAGCUGGACUCUACGCGCUUACCCUGUUCGGAAUGGCAAGAUGUCGCGCACAGCCCACGGAAGACGUUCAACACUAGCGCAGGUCCAGGUCUCAAAGCGGGUCAGUCAAGUCAGGGUCUCGUUCUCCUCAAAGACGACGUGAUAAUGUCAGAAGAAGAUCUCGAAGCCAUUCAGCUAGGUCAGGGUCCCGAUCUCCUAGGCGACGUCGUGAGAAAACUCGUGCAAGAUCUCGAUCUCGCAGUGGUUCCGAUCACUCAUCUCCUUGUCGGUCAAGGAGAGGUGAAGUGCGCAGAAGGAGAAGUCGAUCCGACUCCGAAUCAGCCAGAUCACCAGCACGCCGAGGACGCACGCCUCCAAGAAGGCGUGAACGAUCACCUCCUAGAAGAUUUCGGUCCCCAC